CUCGUCGCGAGGUAUGCACCGUGUUGUAGUUUAAUGCAACUUUUUCUGCACAAGAGAUAGUUCGAUGCUAGCGGCUACUAACUUUUCUUCUCUGCAGAGACGCUUUGCUAGUGAUCAGACCAGGAAGGCAUACACAGCAUUGAACGAGCAGUUCGAUGCGUACACCGGGGUCAUCUGGCAGCCCUACACGGAAGCAGCCAUACAAGCGAGAUACCCUGCUGGUUUGUCUGUGCUAUGCACAAGGGACCGAGAUUACUGGAUGACAAAAUCUAAGAUCAUCUUCGAUGUCUUCGUCGAGGAGAUGGCACAACAGAGGGUUAUGAGGCAAUUUGGUCUUCUGCAGUUGGAGCUACCUCCCCCUAUAGAGAACCCGGUGCCAGCACACAUCCACAGGCUACCUUGACACGCGAACUCUACGACGACGUGACCACCUUUGGACGAUCACUAUCGUCUGGACCUC